CUCAGCAGGGGAGCGGGGAAUAUCUCAAGCCAGCUACACAAAGGGAAAACAGGGGCCCCCAUUACUCACCAGGACAGGGUGAAGUCUUAAUAUGAAUCCGUCAUUGUUGCUGUGCUGUGUGCUGCUCUGUUUAGCCUGCUGUGUUACGGUACAUACACACAUGAUUAUGGAGGAACAAUACAGCUCCAACCAAACAACCAUCAGCUUACACGCAAAUAACCAAACAGAUGCACCUUCUGUGCUCAUAGUCGGGCUUUCAAAAACACCUAAGAAGAACAAGAAAACGGAAAAGAAACCAAAAAAGAAAUUCAGCAACCGUGUGAAGAGACCUCCGCCGCCGCCGAACUGCGUGCCGCUCUGGAGCAGCUGCACGACGCCCAACGCGGUGUGCUGCGAGCAGUGCGCCUUCUGCCACUGCCGCCUGUUCAAGACCGUCUGCUACUGCCGCAUGGGUAACCCGAAAUGCUGAACACCCCCUGCCCU